GUGUAUGUAUAUAUAUAUAUAUAUAUUAGAGCUGAAAUGAAUACUCGAGCAACUCGAGUAACUCGAGUUUAAAAACUGAUCCGAGUAAAUUUAUUCACCCCGAGUAAUCGUUUAUUUUGACAGCUCUAAGCAUCACGUUUUGCUUGGACUACUUUUAAUGCGGGACAACGCGCUAAUGUCACGUGCGCAAAGGAAGAAGCAAAAAAACAAAACUUAUUGCAGCCGACAGCCGCUACAAACGACGCCGACGUUGCUAAAUACUAGCCCGCACAAUGCUACGUUGGUAGCAGGUAGAGUCUGAUGGGUCUCAUAGAGAUCACAUGUAUGUUGAACUAGACGCGAAAUGACAGACUCGGCCGCAUCUGGGCAGCGUCAGUAAACAGCCGCCAUCUUAAAUCAGUAGAGUGCUAAUAAAGAGCGCUAAGCGCUAAUAAAUAAGAUUAACAUUACUGUCACUAGCUCACUUAACGUUAGCCCUGCGGAGGGCUAGGUUUCUAUUAAUUAUGACCACUGUCGAUGCGUGGCUAACGUGUCUUACAUACAUGCUUUAACAUAACAUAGCGUUGUGGAGUGAUGAGGGUUUAAAAUAAAAACUUAAUAAUGCUAACUGUCAAUUUUAGCUCAGUAGUCAUUGCUGGAUAAAACACCAAGUAGCACUGGUCCCUAAUGUGCUCCAAUACAGCCUGUAUCAUACAUUUAUUUUGAACACUGCAAAAAUUCAAAAUCCUAUAGACCCUACUCACGUGACGUCACAACCAUGCCUCCGCGCCAUAUUGUCCGUCUACUCGUCGUGUUGACGCAUUACCGCUACGUAAAUUCCUCCUAUUAUGGUGUGUUUUUCUGCUCGUUAACAUUAAUAAUCAAAAUGGUGAAGGCGUGUGUGGCGGUUGGUUGCAAUAACAGAGAAGAUAGACGGAGAGACUUGAAGUUCUACCGUAUUCCGAGAGACCCGGAGAGGAGAGCGAGAUGGUCUGGGCUCCAAACGAUUACCACAGAUUAUGUAGUAGUCAUUUUAUAUCUGGUAAGAUGCAUUUAAUAUAUUUUUAGAGGGUUUUGGGCUGACAACCACAAUUAAGAUCAUUGCGAGGCUAAUCGCCGACAACGUACAGUUUCAAAUUCAAGAUGCUUAUUUCUUCCACCAUUAUUACAUUUUGAAUAAUAUUUUGCUGGUACCAAGUGAAAGAAGCUGGCCUCGUCUAUGGAUCAUCAGUUAAACAGGUGUGUCCAAACCUUUUGCAAAGGGGGCCAGAUUUGGUGUGGUAAAAAUGCGGGGGGCUACCUUGGCUGAUUUACAUAGAACAAUAUAUUUAAACAAAUUUUAGCAAGCCCUUCUGUGUGUCACAUUUGCUUUAUUUUUUUUUUUAUUCAUAAUUUCAACAGUCUCGUCUUUGUGGUGUUCUCUUUCGACACUCGGGCUCUUGCGAAAUACUGCUGCUGUGAAAUUAAACUAGCUUCAAGUUGCUAUAAUUUCAAGCUGCGUAGCUUCCCUGUAAUGUUGUCGUACAUGUCAGCGUGUCUUGUUUGGUAAUAUCAUUAUCGCGUCACAUCGAACUCUUUGAAAACGGCGAUUGUCUCUUUGCAAAUGAGGCAGACACAGUUGUUGCGUGUUUUAUUGAAGAAAUAGUCCAAUAUCCACCUAUCCUUGAAGCGUCGGCCAUCGCAGUCAACUUUUUUUUUUUUAUUGAUUGUCGCCAUUUUAGAAAAUUGGAAGUAAAGGGUCACACGGGGUAAUGUUGCUUAGAGUGCUGCUCUUAAAGUUUUUCAAACUUUUGUGAGAAUAGGCUGAUUUUGUGUGGACAAGAUAGUUGUAGAUAUCAGGGUAGCAGAUGCCAGGCAGAGAGGGCGAAGACAGCGGGUCGAAAAAUAUCGAUUUAGGCAUCAAAUAUGGAUCUGGCAAAUGGAUAGACUGAAGCUUUUCCACAUAAUGCCUUUUAUGCAACGCAUCCAAUGAGUUUACAGCGUCUGAAAGCACCGGGGCUUCCAUGAAUUGCACUAUAAAUUGCACGACAAAUUGAAACCAUUGAGAAUACGGAUAAACAAAGACGGACAAUAUGGUGGUCGGAUACAGCAACACGUCAUUCUGUGACGUUGGGUGUGGACGCUUUAACACCACAGCAUGUAUGCAACCACACUUUUGCUUCUGCUUGGACUGUGCGCCAUCAGAGGACAUGGCGAAGAGAAACAAGUUCGCGGUCACGUUUCUGUGGUAGUAGUUGGAGGCACGGGAGACUUGGCAAAGAAGUAUCUCUGGCAAGGCUUCUUCCAGCUGUACCUCCAGCAGGUCAGCAGUGGUAACACUUUCUCCUUCUAUGCCGCUGGACAGUCACCUGCAGAGAAGGCCACGCCUAUAUAUUUCGGUAUCCUGAAGGCUGUAUCAUGCCCGAAAGACGUCUCUGAAGAACGUUGCGCUGUGGUCAAGGAGCAGUUCUUGCGGUUAUCGCAGUAUUGGCAACUCAAAAGCCUCGAAGACUACCAGGAUUUGACCCAGCACAUCGAGCGGCAGGUUGAGGAGGAAGGUCUUACCGAGGCUGGGCGACUAUUCUACCUCUCUGUGCCAGCGUUUGCUUACGCGGAUAUCGCAGAUAAAAUCGGAACCAGUUGCAGACCUACAAGCAGCACGGUGUGGCUCCGAGUGGUUCUAGAGAAACCUUUCGGCCACGACCUGAGGAGCGCUCAGGUUCUUGCAGCUCAGCUCGCAAAUGCCUUGCGAGAUGAAGAAAUGUACAGAAUUGACCACUACUUGGGGAAGCAGGUGGUCUCAAAAAUCCUUCCAUUCAGGGUAGAGAACAAGAAGUUCCUGGAUCCCAUCUGGAACAAGCAUCAUAUAGAGAGAAUAGAGAUAGUACUGAAAGAGACACUGGAUGUACAAGGUCGUAUUCCCUUCUAUAACGAGUAUGGCGUAAUCCGAGAUGUAAUCCAGAACCACUUGACGGAAGUUAUGGCUCUCCUGACCAUGCGGCUUCCUGCUAAUCUCAGUGACAGCGAGGAGGUUCUCCAAAACAAACUGCGGCUCUUCAGUUCUUUCCUGCCUUUGGGUAAAAAUCAGGCUGUGGUCGGCCAGUACCAAAUGUACCAGGCCGAGGUUCAGCAGGAGCUCAACAAGACCAAAGACCACGUCACCAUCACGCCGACUUUUGCAGCUGUCUUGGCACACAUGGACGCAGCCCAGUACGAGGGCGUGCCCAUCCUUCUGAUCUCAGGGAAGAUGUUGGAUGAACGAGUGGGAUAUGCACGGAUUCUUUUUAAGAAUGACCUGUUCUGUCUUCAGGCCAAUUUUCACUGCAAGCCCAAGCAGAUCGUCUUCUACUUUGGCCACGGUAGCCUUAAAUACCCAGCAAUUCUCGUGUCAAAGAAUCUUUUUAAGCCUUCUGUCACAGAGGGCGAGUGGAAGGAAGUGACUGAUCACGCAAAUGUCAAAGUACUGGGGUCGGCUCUGUCAGACUACUAUGUCCAAACUCCAAAAGUGCAGCGGGAAGCUUACGACGAACUCAUUUCUCAUAUUUUCGCUGGGCACAAAAAUAGUUUUAUCAGUACAGAGACUCUCCUCGCAUCGUGGGACCUGUGGACACCGCUGCUUGAGAGUUUAGCCGGCACAUUUCCCCGUGUCUACCCAGGAGGAGCGGACAAUGCUGACCUGCUGGACCUCCAUUUGAAAGGGAAGGAGAUAAGAUUCAACACUGAUGUGGUACUCAUCAACCAGGACCAAGCUGGAGGCGCAUCGGCGAGGAAUUUCUUAGUGAAGCAAGGAAAAUAUCGCGGCACAAACAUGGUGUCUGCCUGGGCCGAGGAGCUGGUGGAGCGUCUCGCUGCUGACAUCCAGGAGGCGGCGGAGGCAGCCGUGCUUCAGUGUGGCGUUUUUCACUUGGCUCUCUCUGGCGGGUCGACGCCGAUCGCGCUCUUCCACAGGCUGGCCCUGCACCACUUCUCCUUUCCAUGGCGCAACACCCACAUCUGGAUGGUGGACGAGCGCUGUGUGCCACUCACCGACCCAGAGUCCAACUUUCACAACAUCCACCAGCACGUUUUGCAGUACGUGCGCAUCCCCUAUUACAACAUCCACCCCAUGCCGGUGCAGAUCAAGCAGCGUCUCUGCGUGGAGGAGGAUGGCGCGACGCAGCUAUAUCAGGAAGACAUCGGGAGAUUAGUCAACGGCUCCAGGUUCCACUUUAUACUCCUAGGAGUUGGACAUGACAAACACACGGCCUCUCUCUUCCCUGGCACUAAACCGGCCGAAAGCACAGACCAGCUGGUGGUCCUCACAGAGAGCCCCGUCAAGCCGCACCGGCGCAUGAGUCUCACGCUUGGAGCCAUCAACCGAGCCCACCAGGUGUCACUGCUGGUGAUGGGCAAGAGCAAACACGAGCUUAUUACCCAGCUGAGCCGUGUCAAGGAUGAUGCAAAUAAAUGGCCCGUCACAGGGGUGAAACCCACCAAUCGCACGCUUACCUGGUACAUUGACUAUGACGCACUUUUGGGUUAGGGAUCACACCAAACCCAACACAUCAAUACCAAGUCUUAACUCUACAAUUCAACCACUUUGACCUUCAUACGCUUUCUAACUGAAUUUACGCUACAUUGCUGGUACUAGUAUCCAAUUCCAAUUGAAUGCCUAUAACCCCCUUCUUGACAUCUUAUUUACAUGUCAAAUAACCACAUGGAACGGUCCACUUCACUGAUGUCCAAAUAAGUACAUCCACAACCACUAACACUUGGAAGUGCAACAUUAAAGUAAAAAAUAAUACAUAGAUAAUCGGCUACAUACAAGGAGGCCUGCAUCCGAUUCCGUGCAUUAUUUUAUCUUUCUGUUGUCAUGCCUGAUAUUGCACUUGUUAGACUUAAGAACAUUAUUGUCAUGUGAGCCACACAGAUGAAAUCCAGAUUUAUUAGAUUCUCUUCCCCUCGGCCGAAAAUGGAGAUGCAAAUAUUCGUCUUUGCGUUACUGUUCUGGAGCAAGUGUUGUGAAAUGACAAUCCUGCACUUUUCUGGAGUCAAUCAAACUAUGCAAUUUUAAAAUCUGGUGCUUUUAUUUAAUGUUUUUUUCCAUCCACCAAUAAUAUCAGAUCUCAGGUACAUGUCUAGUUUUUCAAAGAGAGUAACAAUUCCAAGUAAAGUGAUAAUGUUUCUUAACACGUGGGUAAAAAAAGAUAUAUUUUUUUAACUUUAUGUGCUUUUUUGUGUUGAUGUGAACUUUAUGUUGAGGUUCAUUUCUGCAGUAAGUCAAAAGAAUGUGUUACUGAGCCUUCCGGUGAAUCAUUUGCUGGUAUACUGUGUUUCCACACUGAAAUUUCAAACCUUCAAUUAUCAAUUCCUAUCAUAUUUGAGAGGUACAUCUCUGCUUCAUGGUGAUAUUUUUUUGUAACAGAAGCUGGUCUACAGUAUGUCACCUGUAAUUAUAUUUGGAUCAAAUGUUACAUUUUUUACGCUUUCCUCCCACCAGCUACAAUUGGGAAACGGACGUCAAGGAAACACCUGCUUUGUAUGAUGUGACGCAUUAAAACGUGAGCUGGAUUAACUCA